AUGAUACAAAUUUGGGUGAGUUUUAUGAGCAUAUUCUACAUAUUUUAAUACACACCUUUUAUUGAAUAUUCAGACAAUAUCACUGAAUUUCUAAAUGAGCUUACUGUCCUGCUUGUGUUUACUUGUCUCACAACUAAUGCCAAUGGAUCUUCUGACAUUAAUACACAAUACUAACUUGGGUUCUUUUUGAUUGCAUUAAUCCUGAUUAACAUAUUGGUUAACUUUUCACUAUUUUUAAAGAACAACAUUGUUAAGAUUUAUAAACUUAUCAAAGAUCUACCUAAUCGUAAACAUAGAAUAGCAAAGUAGAAAUAUCUGGAAGAGGCUUAGAAAGUCUAGGUUCAUGCUGAUUUAUAUGAUAAAAUAUAUCUAACAUCACAAAACUACACAAAUCAAGCAGAUGAUUAAUUUAAUGAUUCUCAAGAAGCUAAAAUAAUACAUGAUAUUGAGGAGAAAAAAAAUAAUAGAAUAAGAAUAUUUGGGCAGCAUGUGGCGCGACUAAAAGAAGAGUUGGAGGAGGAUGAUUUUUAAUUAAAAAAAGAUGAGCUUGAUUAAACAUUAAGAAAGAAUUAGAUACUUUACUCUAAAAUAUAUGGAUUUAGCAGUAGCAACUUAAACUUUAGUAAUCAAUCUACACUUAAUGCUGAUAAGCAGAAAUUAGAAAAUUAUAAGCAAUUUCAACCUAAUUAGGUUUCAAAAACUUAUAGAAAAAUUGAAGCUGAAAAAUAUAUGAAUGACUUAAUCAGAAAAGUAGCAAAUAAUUAUAAAUCAGAAUAUAAACAAGAUUUAUGA